AUGGAAACUAUUAAUAUUAAAAAGGAAGAUAAUGAAGCUCAAGUUAAAAUAUCACAAGAAAUACAUGAUGAAAAUGUAGAAAAAAGAUAUAAUGAAAUUAUGUCCAUUACUUCUGAAUGUAUCCAACCUGACGAAUUAAAACUAAAACUUUUGCAAAAAAGAAAACUAAUUUGUUAUGAUGGCUUCGAACCAUCUGGACGCAUGCACAUAGCUCAAGGAUUAUUGAAAAGUCAUAUCGUAAACACAUUAACAAACAAUGGAUGCACAUUCAUCUUUUGGAUUGCUGAUUGGUUUGCUCAACUUAAUAAUAAGAUGUCUGGAGAUCUAAAUAAAAUAAAAAAAGUUGGACAAUAUUUUAUAGAAGUAUGGAAAAGUUGUGGUAUGAAUAUGGAAAAUGUUCAAUUUAUGUGGGCAAGUGAUGAAAUAAAUAAAAACCCUGAUAAAUAUUGGUCUACCGUUAUUGAUAUAUCAAGAAGCUUUAAUAUUAAUAGAAUUAAAAGAUGUUUAACUAUAAUGGGUAGAACUGAAGGAGAAGAUAAUUAUUGUUCUCAAAUUUUAUAUCCAUGUAUGCAAUGUGCUGAUAUUUUCUUUUUAAAUGUGGAUAUUUGUCAAUUAGGAACAGAUCAAAGAAAAGUUAAUAUGUUAGCUAGAGAAUAUUGUGAUAUAAAAAAAAUUAAAAAAAAACCAGUUAUUUUAUCUCAUGGAAUGUUACCAGGUUUAUUAGAAGGGCAAGAAAAAAUGUCAAAAUCUGAUGAAAAUUCGGCAAUUUUUAUGGAUGAUAAUGAAGCAGAUGUUAAUAGAAAAAUUAAAAAAGCCUAUUGCCCUCCAAAUGUAAUUGAAAGCAAUCCGAUCUUUGCAUAUGCAAAAACGAUAAUUUAUCCACACUAUAAAGAAUUUAGUUUAGCUAGAAAGGAAAAAAAUGGAGGAGAUAAACUAUAUCUAACAAUUGAAGAAAUGGAAAAGGAUUAUAUUAAUGGAGAGAUACACCCGCUAGAUUUAAAAGAUAACGUCGCAUUAUACAUUAACAAAAUGCUCCAACCAGUGAGAGACCAUUUUCAAAACAAUGCGGAAGCCAAAAAACUUUUAAGCGAAAUAAAAAAAUAUAAAAUAACAAAAUAA